GCCAGAGAGGGGAGGGAGAACCAGUACUUCAAUCCUGCCACUGGUGCAAGAGUGGUUGCUGGAUCCAUUCCCUUGAGCAGCGACUUGGAGAAGGUGUUGCUCAUCACUUCCACGAGCAGCAAGUCCAAGUGGAUCCUUCCCAAGGGUGGUGUUGAGAAAGAUGAGUUGACGGUUUCUGAUGCUGAGAACUUGGAUUUUUCAUUGUCAGCCAAAAGAGAGACCUGGGAGGAAGCUGGUGUCGAGGGCCUUAUUGUCAAGAAAUUGGGGGUUUUUCACGACAAGAGAGAUGAGAAAAUCUUGAAGAAGAUGGAUCAAUUGAGUUUGAAUCGUCAUUCUAACAACCUUGAUGAUCUAUUGAAACAAAACGUUAUUCCUCGCACUGAAUAUCAUCUUUACGAAAUCAGUGUUGAUAUUUUAGAGAGCAAAUACCCAGAAUCUCACAAAAGAGAACGAAAAUGGUGUGAUUAUAAGACUGCAAAGUAUGAAUUGCUCAAGUCAAGAAGAUUGGAAUUAUUGGAAGCUCUAAAUCAUUCAAGAAUAGUUAAAAAU